UCAUAGGACCUGAAUCCUGUUCAUACUGAGCCGACGGAGCCACAGGAUGACACGCUGGGUCCUUCUCGCUCCCCUCCUGGUGGGCCUGCUGAUCCUCAGAGCAGCAGCUCAGGAUGCUGAAAACCCUGAAUCCACACCACCUCCAUCAGGUCAAACCUCUGAUGGUGGCGCCCAGGCAGGGGAUCAGAGCGAGGACUGGGGGAUUAACUCACUCCGAGGAAGCUUUGAGGCGGUCAGCGGCUACUUUGACUCGAUGCUGGAGUUCAUGGGUGGAAAAGAUGGAGUGUGCCAGUAUCGCUGCAGACAUGGUAAAGCACCUAUCCCUCGUCCCGGCUACAAGAUGCCUGAGCCUGAUGGAUGCAGUUCCUACUUCUUCGGCCUUCCUAUUCCAGAUGGGAUGGAUAUGGGAAUCCCUGCGAUGACCAAAUGCUGCAAUCAGCUGGACAUGUGUUACGACACCUGUGGCUCCAACAAGUACCGCUGCGACUCCAAGUUUCGUUGGUGCCUCCACAGCAUCUGCUCUGACCUCAAGAAGAGCCUUGGCUUUGUGUCCAAAGUUGAAGCAUGUGAAACUGUAGCCGACACUUUGUUCAACACAGUGUGGACUCUGGGCUGCAGACCCUACAUGAACAGCCAGAGGGCGGCCUGCUACUGUCCAGGAGAAGAAAAAGAUGAACUGUAAAAAAAAAAAACAUGCUGCCUUUCCACAGGAGCUGCAUCACGUUUUAUUGUCAUUAAGGUGGAUGUGACUCCUUGAGUAAUUUAUUUGAGCCUUCUUAGUUCUUGUUUUCGCAAUUAUUAAAAAACGUCAGUAUUGUUUUAACUUCUAUGUGAGACGACCUUGUUUCAACAUCAACUUAUGUGGAUGUAUUCUACCAAACAUCGAGUGAUUUGUUUUCAUGGUUAAGCCUACCUCAUAAAGGCGUUAAA